AUGAUUGAAGAAAAAAUGUAAUAGAUAAGCUAAUUUGUAGAAGUAUAAUAUUGAUUUUUUCAUAUAUAGGAUUCUUAUGAUAAAAUACUAAAUUCUAUUGAUCAAAUUUUAAUUCCUUAUUUCGUUCCUAAAUAGAUAACAAUUUCUUAAGCUUUUCAUUAAAUAUCACAAGAGAGACUGGUAUAAUUUAAUUUUGCAAAUGAAGUUGUGGCAGAAAUUACACCUUUAAUUGAUUAAAUUGUACACAUAAAUAAGGAGAAAUAACAAAAAUUUGAGCUAGCCUAAAUUACAAAUGUUGAAUUGCAAAAGACAUUAUAAGAGCUCAAAGAAAGAAAGAAGAAUGAUGUGAAUAAUUAUGAUCAACUUUAUUAAGAAUCUCAUGCAUUACUGUAAUUAAAAGAACAAGAAAUAGUAUAAUUAAAUGAUACUCAAAAUCAAAUUAUAAAAGAUCAAUAGGAAACAAUCAAAGAAUUGCUAAAGUAAAAAGAUGAUUUCAUGUUAGAAAAUAAUAAAUUAAAUGAAUUAAUAAAAUAACAACAAGAAAACAUAAUUUAAAAUUAGCAAUUAUAAACACCUAUAUUAUUAAAUUCUUUUACUUUUUCUGAAAUUUAUAAAUAGCCUAGUUGUUAGGUAUCAUAAAAUGGAAAGCUAUUUUUUAAUAAGAGUCUAUUUUAUUCAUGUUUAUGUGAUUAACCCAUCCCUAAAUAAGGUAAUGUAAAAUUCGCUUAUCUAAUACAUGAGAUUGUUACAAAUUAGACAAUGGUUGGAAUAGGGGCGAAAGAAAUAAUUUCUAAAUCUGGGUAUUCGAAUAUACAUCUUCCAGGAAAUGGGUAAAGAUUAUUUAUUUUUAGUGCCUAUCUUAUAAUGAGUAGUGGCUAUUGUUUCAGUCAUCAUCAAUAAGAUAAAUAUCAUGAUUCUAUUCCAUUCACUUUUACUAACAAUGAUAUUAUAAUUAUAGAGGUGGACAUUUAAAAACAAUACAUUAAAUGGAUAAAAUAAUCUACCAAAGAAUUUUUUGUAAGCUUUGUAUAAUAAUAUAGCUUCUUGACAUUGAUCCAAAUUAUGAGUAUUAUCCAUGUAUUAAUGGUACUGGAAAAGUAGAAAUAUUGAAUGAAAUAAUAACAUGA